GGAGCAGGAUGUUUCCUCUUUUCAGAGUCCCUGUCAAGCCACUUAUGGAUGGAUUUGCAUUUUGCUUGGGAAAUGACUGAACCAGGCCAGUUUUGGCAGCUCCACUUCCCCUGGGAGGGGCAGUAAGGCCCAAUAAAAAGGCCCUCUGCUGCACCACAACCAUCCUCCUGCUACUCAAGUCCCGAUUAAUUUUGGAGAAACUGAUUCGAAGACUCCAGAAAGAUGUCUUAUCAGCAGCAGCAGUGCAAGCAGCCCUGCCAGCCACCUCCAGUAGUGUGCCCCCCCAAGUGCCCUGAGCCCUGCCCACCUCCAAAGUGCCCUGAGCCCUGCCCACCCCCAAAGUGCCCUGAGCCAUGCCCCCCUCCAAAGUGUCAGCAAAAAUGCCCUCCUGUGCCACCUCCCCAACAAUGCCAGCAGAAGUGCCCACCCAAAAGCAAGUAGAAGCAUCAGCUUUUAUCUGGUCAGGAAAGGAUGAGGACAACUGACUCACCCAGCUCCACAGCUCCACCUUCAUCUUCUCUUUAAAGCCUAUCAUGGAUACAGAAGAAGCUUCUCCAUCCUUCAGCCUGCAGUAUGCCUGUGGUGAUUCCUGACAGCCAGAGGUUUCCUUCCUGAGACUACUAUUCUACUCUCCUCUGGGAGGACAGCUGAGAAACCAUCCCAGAGCUUCAGAUGGAAGAGCAGUCGCUUUUCUCCCGGGCACCAUCAGAGGAUUCUCUCCCUCUCUUAUAUCUGUCUGUCACCUGUGCAUGGGUUUCAACCAGCUGGUCAAAUGUUGCUUAUCCUCCUCUUCACGAAUAAACUACAAUUCGUUUAAUUCCUUUGUGUGAUGGCAAAAAUGUUUCCUUUCUUUUCAAGCUGCUUUUAGUAAUACCAUAUCAUCAUCUUGUUUUGUUUCUAUCCUUUGAUGCCAAGGUUCAAGCUCUCACAAUCAGUGUUGUCUAAAUUUUGAGUCUUAUCAAAACUUUUGCUUAAUUAUCACUUGAUGGUUUGAGGAACAAAAUAUUUGCCUCUCCAGGUUUUCAAUCCCUUUAGUAAAAUGUAGGAAAAAAGUGUAUUUUCAUUUCAAACUUCUGAGGAAUCAAUAUUCAAUGAAUGUGUAUAAUUUAGUUGGUACAUGCCAGAGUCAUAAAUAGCACUUGGAAGACAGCAGGUCAUCAUUGUCUCCAUCAUCACCAUCAUCACCACCCCCUGUUCUCACCACCAUAUUUGCAGUUGACUCAUUUAGCUCCACAGCUCCACCUUCAUCUUCUCUUCAAAGCGGGUCAUGGAUACAGAAGAAGCUUCUCCAUCCUUCACCCUGCAAUAUGCCUAUGGGGACUCCUGACAGCCAGAGGUUUCCUUCCUGAGGCUGCUACACCACUUGCCUCUGGGAAGACAGCUGAGGAAACACAGUGCUUCAGAGAGAAGAGCAGCAGCUCUCCUCCUGGGCACCAUCAGAAGGUUCUCUCCAUCUUCUGUGUCUGUCUGUCACCUGGGCAGGGGUUUCUACCAACUAGACAACUGUUUCUUGUUCUCCACUUCCUGAAUAAACUAUAAUUCUCUUUUGUGAUGGCAAAAAUGUUUUCUUUCUAUUAAAAGCACUUAUUGCAAUAGCA